AUGGCCGCGCAGGUGAGCGUGGGACACGGCGGCACGACGGCACGAGGAGGCGGGGAUGAUAAAAAAUGCAGUGUCCUCGCUGAUGGUGCGCCUCCUCCACCUGCCCCGCGCCGCCCCCCCCCCCCCCCCCCCCCCCCCCCCCCCCCCCCCCCCCCCCCGGCUGCGAGUGGCCGCGUCGGCCUCGCCACCCCUCGCCGCCAUGUCGACGGCGGCGCAGCAGGCGGUCGCGGACCAGAAGCGCGCGGUGCGGUCCGACGUGCGCAGGGCGCUCAAGGCCCUCUCCCCCGAUCAGCGCACCAGCGAAGAUCUGGCUAUUCAAAACAAUAUUUUGAACUCUUCUUGGUUCAAAGCAAGCAAACGGUUGUGUGCCUAUAUAAGCUGUGCGCAAUUACGAGAAGUGGAUACAUCAAAAAUAAUAGCAGAAGUUCUAUCCUCAGAUCCUGAACAUGAUGGACAAGCAAAGGAUAUCUAUGUUCCUCGAGUGGAAGAUAAAAACCGCAAUAUGCGGAUGUUCAAAAUCACAACCAUGGAUGAUUUAGUUAAAAAUUCAAUGAACAUUCUGGAACCGUCACCAUUGGAUGCUAGUGGGAAUGCUUGUGAAGAUGUGUUGUCAGCCUCAUCCCCUGUCGAUCUUUUUGUGUUGCCUGGACAAGCUUUUGACAGAACUGGCCGAAGACUAGGACGUGGUGGAGGGUACUAUGACACUUUCUUGAUGAGAUACCAAGAACUUGCUAAAGAGAAAGGGUGGAGUCAGCCUCUUCUAGUUGCACUUUCAUACUCGGUGCAAAUUCUGGAGGAAGGCAUCAUCCCGGUUAACUCAACAGAUGUUCCUAUUGAUGCUCUGGUCACAUCCUCUGGAAUCAUUCCAAUCAGUCCUGCAGCACUGGAGAAGGUGUAAAUGAAGCUGAUUGGUUUCCGCUAUGGCCGUGAGUUCCUGACAGUGGACACUCUUUCCUGAACUCCGAUUACCAGAGCUGGGAAUUGUGUGUUUUGCUCGUGAUUUUGUGUUUCUUUUUCGACCGAGUGAAUUCUUGUUGGACAGUAGCAUAUGUACUCAAAACAUGAGCAAAGUUUGGCUGCCAUUGUAAUGACGCCUUUGUUUGAUCAAACAAUUGACAAACUCGUAUAAUAUUCUGAAAUUGUGUGGUUGCUUCA